CCAGGACUGUGUAUGGCUGCUCCUAAGAAAAAUGUUCGGUGGUGCACCAUUUCAUACCCAGAGGCAGCAAAAUGUGCUAAAUUCCAGAGAAAUAUGAAAAAAGUAGGUCGCCCCUCCGUCACCUGUAUAAAGAGAACCUCCCACCUUGAAUGUAUCCAGGCCAUUGCGGCAAACAAGGCAGAUGCCGUGGCCCUUGAUGGUAAUUUGGUGUUUGAGGCUGGCCUGGCCCCCUACAACCUGCACCCUGUUGUGGCUGAGUUCUGCCAAACCAGAGCAAAGCCCCAAAUCUACAGUUAUGCCUUGGCCGUAGUGAAGAAGGACAGCAGCUUCCAGCUCAACCAGCUGCGAGGCGUGAAGUCCUGCCUCGCGGGCACUGGCAGCACCACUGGCUGGAAUAUCCCUAUGGGGGUACUUCGUCCAUUCCUGGACUGGGCAGGACCACCUGAGCCGCUUCAGGGAGCUGCGGCUAAGUUCUUCUCCGCUAGUUGUGUCCCCUGUGCGGAUGGAAACCACUACCCCAGCCUGUGUCGCCUGUGUGCAGGGACAGCGGCGGAUAAAUGUGCCUGCUCUUCCAGGGAACCCUACUUUGGCGAUUUGGGUGCCUUCAAGUGUCUGAAAGACGGGGCUGGAGAAGUGGCUUUUGUCAAUGAGAGGAUACUGUUUGAGAGCCCGCCAGACAGCGUUGACUGGGACCAGUACGAGCUGCUCUGCCCGGACAGCACCCGGAAGCCAGUGCACGCGUACAAGGACUGCCACCUGGCCCGGGUCCCGGAGCACACGGUUGUGGCCCGAAGUAGCAACGGCAGGGACGACCUGAUCUGGGAGCUUCUCCAGAACGCACAGGAGAGGUUUGGAAAAGGCAAGUCUCCGGCGUUCACACUCUUUGGCUCCCCUCCUGGGCAGAAGGACCUGCUGUUCAAAGAUUCUGCCCUCGGGUUUUUGAAGAUCCCCUCAAAGAUAGAUUCUGCACUGUACCUUGGCUUCAGCUUCCUCACCGCCAUGCGGAACCUGAGAGAAAAACAGCAGCUGCAGCAUGAGCAGGUGGUGUGGUGCGCCGUGGGCAGCAAUGAGCUGCGCAAGUGCACGCAGUGGAGCAGCCUGAGCGACGGCAGUGUGGCCUGCGCCUCAGCCCCCACCCCCGAGGACUGCAUCACCCUGGUGCUGAAAGGAGAAGCUGACGCCAUGAGCUUGGAUGGAGGGUAUAUCUACAUUGCUGGCAAGUGUGGUUUGGUGCCUGUCCUGGCAGAGAACCGAAAGUCCAAUAAAAGAAACUCAGAUUGUGUGCAGAAACCAGAUGAAGGGUAUCUUGGCGUGGCAGCUGUCAGGAAAUCAAAUGUUGGCCUCACCUGGAAUUCUCUGAGAGGCAAGAAGUCCUGUCACACUGCUUUGGGAAGGACCGCAGGUUGGAACAUCCCCAUGGGCCUGAUCUUCAACCAGACAGGCUCCUGCAAAUUUGAUCAGUUCUUUAGUCAAAGCUGUGCUCCUGGUGCUGAUCCGAGUUCUAAUCUCUGUGCCCUGUGUAUUGGCGAUGAUCAGAGGAAGCACAAGUGUGCGGCCAACAGCAGCGAGAGAUACCAGGGCUACACCGGGGCUUUCAGGUGCCUGGUUAGCAAUGCUGGCGAUGUUGCAUUCGUGAAAGACAGCACCGUGUUGGAUAACACCGAUGGAAAGAACACUGAAGCGUGGGCUAAAGCUCUGAAGCUAGAAGACUUUGAGCUGCUGUGCCUUGAUGGGUCCCGGAAGCCUGUGACGGAGGCGCAGAACUGUCAUCUGGCCGUCGCCCCAAAUCAUGCUGUGAUAUCUCGGAGAGAGAAGGCAGAGCUGGUGGAGAAGGUGCUGCUCCAGCAACAGGCUCGUUUUGGAAGGAACGGACGUGACUGCCCGGGCAAGUUUUGUUUAUUCCAGUCUGAAACCAAAAACCUUUUGUUCAACGACAACACAGAGUGUCUGGCCAGACUCCAAGGCAAAACAACAUAUGAGAAGUAUUUGGGGCAAGACUAUGUCACAGCCGUCGCUAAUCUGAGACAAUGUUCUACCUCCCAGCUUCUGGAAGUCUGUGCCUUCUUGAGUGGGUAGAACCCCAGAAGAUAGCCCGGCCUCCACGAGGGCGCCUCAGGCCUCAGUGCUCUCAGUCCUUACCCAGGUGCAGUAACUGUCUUCUUUCUGAAGGUGGAUUGGCCAAUUUCAUCUGUUUUUGUAGUACCCUGCUGUCCUCUUGACAAGAAAUAAAGUGAGAAAUGCUGUUGG